AAAUAAAUAGGUUUUGAAUAUAUGUGAUUUUUACAUAAACACACUCCUAAACAAUGUUUGACGUAAGAGGCUCGACAAUAGCCUAACACAUUUAUUAAGAACCAAAAAUAAAUAAAUUUUGUAACGACUAAGCAGACCACUAAUAAUAAGAGACUGAAACUGCCAUUUGCUCUCGGAUGCACAACACUAUAAACUCAUGUUCUUGCUUUUUAACAUAGCCCAAGGUAUAUAUGGAGGAGGUGUCUAGGUUAAGAGUUCUUCUAGAUAACAUCUCCUCAUAUCUAAGUAUAUCUUCAUCAAAUGACAAGUUAUCUUCAAACCCAGCUCAUAAGUAUUACUCAAGAGUAGAAGAGAUAGCAAAGCUUCUUAUGCCUCUUCUUGACAACCCUGUUGUCUCUGAUGUGUCUCCUAGCGAAUUGCUUAACAACAGCUUUGAAGAGUUAUCUCAAUACGUUGAUGAGCUAAGAGAGCAGUUUGAGAGCUGGCAACCUCUUUCAAGUAGAAUCUUAUAUGUUCUUAGAAUUGAAUCAUUAGCAUCAAAGAUGAGGGAAUCAAGUUUGGAAGUCUUUCAGCUUCUCAAACACUUACCUGCUGAUUUGGUUUCACCAUCUGAGGACUGCAUAGAACUGGUGAAGUUAGUGGGAAGAGAGGAAGUUUCGUAUACUAUUGAUCUAGCUCUGAUAGAUCAAAGAAAAGGUGUUGAACUUACUCCAGAGGUUCUGGUGAAAAUUGCCGAGAGUGUUGGUUUGAGAUCAAACCAGGAUAUUCUGAUCGAAGGUGUGGUACUUACAAACUUGAAGGAAGAUGCUAACCUUGUCAAGGACAACACCCGAGCUGGUUUUAUAAAGGGAUUGAUCUAUCUGACCAAGCAAAUGCAUGAUUACCUUGCCAAGAUAGAGCAGUCUCAGUCACCUUCUGACUUUUUCUGCCCUCUAUCACUUCAGCUUAUGACUGAUCCUGUCACUGUGACAUCUGGUCAAACAUACGAACGGGCUUUUAUCGAAAAAUGGUUUGAUAUGGGACUCAUGGUCUGCCCAAAGACAAGGCAUGCUUUGUCUCAGACCACUUUGACACCUAACUUCACUGUCAAGGCAUUCAUUGCCAACUGGUGUGAAUCAAACAAUGUCAAUCCUCCUGAUCCUUUGGAGCUGAUUCACUCAAAUCAGCCUUUCCCUCUUCUUGUUGGAUCAUGUUCUGCUGAUGACUCCAGAGAUUCUCUGCCUCUUCCUGUAAUGGAUGAUACACUUAAGUGCAACCAUAUAGAAUCUGUAGAUGCUAGCAAAUGCGAGGAGCUGCAUCAGGUCUUAACUAGGUCUGCUUCUGCACCAGGCAUUGUCUCUAAAGUUGUUUCCAAAGCCAACACAUCGAUCUCACAGGCACCGGGUGAAACUGUUCCUCAGCCCUGGAUCAUCCCAGCGACCAUGAAAGAAACUGGAAGCAGUUCAAACAUGGAAGCAGAAGAAACUGGAGGCAGUUCAAGUAUGGAAGUAGAGGUGAAGAAACUGAUUCAAGAUCUCAAGAGUUCUUCGUUAGAUGCACAAAGAGAGGCCACAGCUCAGCUCAGGCUACUAACAAAAGACAUUCCAGACGACCGCACUGUGAUUGCAAGGUGCGGAGCAAUCGCUGCGUUAGUCAAUAAGCUUUACUCCAUGGACAAGAUGAUCCAAGCGGAAGCCGUGACUUGCUUGCUCAACUUAUCACUCGACGACAGCAACAAAACCGUCAUCGCGUAUAGUGGAGUAUUCAAGCCGCUCGUUCACGUUCUCAAGACAGGAAACAUGGAAGCCAAAGAGAACUCAACAAGAGCUCUAGUGAGCUUGUCUAAAGCCGAAGAGAACAGGACAAAGAUGCUACAAGCAGGAGCUAUAGAGCCACUUGUUAGGCUUAUGGGUAAUGGAAGUCCCAGGGGGAAAAAGGACGCAGCCACGGCUCUAACCAACCUCGCGACACGCAACAGGGAGAAAGAGAUGGUGAUCAGAGGUGGAGGAGUUAGGUACUUGAUCCAGAUGAUGAAUCCUGCAGCUGGAACGGUGGAGAGAGCUGUGGUUGUGUUGGCUAAUCUUGCAAACGUGCCAGAAGCAAAGAUUGCGAUUAGAGAUGGAGGAGGGAUACCGUUAUUGGUGGACGUUGUGGAGUUGGGUUCACCAAGAGGACAAGAGAAUGCAGCUGCAGCACUUUGCGUGCUUUGUAUGGAUAGCUCAAGAUUCUGCAACAUUGUUAUAAGAGAAGGAGCUAUUCCACCUCUUGUGGCUCUUACUAGAUCAGGAACAACAAGAGCCAAAGAAAAGGCAAAGAGUCUUCUUAAGUACUUUGAAGCCUUAAAACAAGAGAACCAGAGGCGAAACUGAUCUUAGUUUUACUUCGCAGGUUUUACUACUAACCUAUACAAUUAUGAUACAUCUACACGUAUAUGAUGAUAUAUUAUAGAUGGAGAACAUGUAUGCAAUGUGAAAGAUUAUACAUCUACAUAUAUAUGAUGCUAUAUUAUAUAGUGAUUUGUAUGGAAAACAUGUAUGCAAUGUGAAAAAUUAAACAGUGAAUAUUUAAUAUGAGAAUUGUCUA